AUGUCCAACACAACCCCAACAACGACCCCACCAUCCGCCAAAAAACCCCAAAUCACCAUAAUCGGCUCCCUAAACAUCGACUUCGUAACAGCAACCCCGCGCUGCCCAGGACCAGGCGAAACCCUCACAGCAACCUCCCUAACCGUCUCCGCAGGCGGGAAAGGCGGAAACCAAGCCGUCGCCUGCGGCCGCUCCUCCUUCACAUCACAAACAACCCAAGAUGUCUCCGUGAACAUGAUCGGCGCCGUCGGCGCCGAGGACCCAUACUACACAACCCUCCUCCAACCAGCACUCGAGAAAUCCGGCGUCGACACAAAAUCCAUUGAACAGUCGACCGUUGCGCAGACAGGGUCCGCAAGCAUUAUUGUCGAAGAAGCCAUCGGCGGCGAGAAUAGGAUUCUCGUUGUCCCAGGCGCAAACCAUGCCGGAUUGCUGAGCGAUGUUGGAAACAUUCUCGCUGCGCUAGAGAGGUACCCGUCUACGCCCGAUAUCGUUGUGUUGCAGGGUGAGAUCCCGCGCAGCACGACGCUGGGUUUGCUGGAGUAUUUCAAUGGUUCUGUCGAGGACCGCGCGAAGGUGGUGUUUAACCCCGCGCCUGUGUUUCCAGAGGGGAUUCCGCUUUCUGCGCUGCGUGGCACCGCGGUGCUUAUUAUGAACGAGACGGAGGUUGUGCAGAUGGCGAGGUCCAUUGAGGGUCUUCCUGUUGGGGAUGUUGUUGAGGGGGAUGGGUUACGGCCUGAGGAAUUGGCGCCGCGGUUCCAUGAGCGGGCGGACGUUGAGAUUGUUCUUAUUACACUGGGCGCGAAGGGGGUUUAUUUCUCGACGAAGUCGGGUCGGAGUGGGCUUGUUGCUGGUGUUAAGGUUGCGAAGGUUGUUGAUACUACUGCGGCGGGGGAUACCUUUGUUGGGUAUUUUGCGACUGCUGUGGCGCGUUUCUUGGCGACAGGACAGAGUAUUGGGGCGUUUGAUGAUGGGAUUGAGGGUGCGGUUUCGAAGGCGAACUCUGCUGCUGCUAUGUGUGUGCAGCGACGGGGUGCUAUGCAGAGCAUUCCCUUUGCGUAUGACAUGGAAUGA